AUGGAUCUGAUGCCGACCAAGCGGGAACCAAGUACGAGCGGAGUUGGUAUGCCAGUGUCGUCAAGCGGCGGCGAUCCGGGUCACUCUGACAACGAAAGUAACCUCUCGCGCGUACUGUUUGUCUACGGCAGUCUUCUUGGCCGCGAGGUAGAAGUGACGCUUCGUGAUGGUAGUCGCUACAAGGGUACCUUGUACGCAGCAGUGCCCGAAGAGGGCGUCGUGCUCCGUUUUGCAGAGCGAGUACGUAUGCACGGCCUUUCGUGGCACGAGCAGCUACCGAAACCGGCAGUGCCUCCGGUGCCGUUUAUGGUAUUCCGUCGCUCUGAUCUGGUCAGGCUCUACGCAAAAGGAGUGCCGCUAGCCUCCGGCGAUAAUGCAGAGGCGGCUCCUCGACCGUCUGUUGAGACAGGCACGAGGUCGGGGUCGGUUGUCACGGACCGAGAGAUCAGUCACGGUGCUGAACGAGAGAGUCCCUCUGAGCGAGAACUCGUUGCAUGGGCGGACGAUCAAGCAGCCCCGGACGCAUCUGCAACUAAACGAAAAGCGGAGGGCGCUCACCGGAACGCACCGCAUCGCGAGCUCGCCUUUGACGCUCUCGACCGGUAUCAGCGAACAAAGUGGGACCAGUUUGUGGAGAACGAACGCAAGUUCGGAGUGAAAACCACGUACACAGAGGAGCAUUAUACCACGAAAUUAGAUCCGAACCGCUUUUCCGAAGCAGAUAUCGCCCGCGCCGCGAGACUGGCAGCUGAAAUCGAAUCGAAAGCAGCGGAUAAUCCCCAUGUGGCCGAGGAACGUGGCCAGUUCAUUCAAUUGGCAGAUGAAAGCGGCUGCGAUGACGAGGAACUUCGAUAUGGGGCUGUUGUGCGCACCGCGGAGCAUCCCGGAGAAUCAAACGAGCCUCGCACCAGCGAAGAGAUCGGGCCACGACCAACGGGGAUACCUGCAUCCGAGGACACAAGCAGCUCUGCAACGGAUGCUCCAAUGCGACCCGCAGCCUCAAAAGCUACCGCUGCUGGUAUCUCGAUAGCUGCGUCCACUGAAUACUUAUAUGCGCUGCGACGAAACCGUUCAUCAGCUUCAUUGUCGCGAAACAGCUCGUCAGAAUACUUGCUCGACCAAUAUGAUGUCGAGCACAAACGAGUCCUCCAACGUCUGUCGAGUCGACAAAGGUUAGAGGAUGCGCGGAUGACUGGUGUGGUGGUUGCGCGGAGCGGCUCCACAUCGCCCGCGAUGGGGAACGGGAGCGAUCGAGCGUCACCGGCCCUGGCAACAACCCCUACAGCGCCUAGCGCAGGCCCCAUCCCCGCGAGUGUCACAGUCGGCCGCGAGGUCGUUGGUCUGAACCUGGAGCUAAGUGUUCCGCAUGUGCCUGAUGAAGUGAUUCAGAAGCUGAAUGAGUUCAAAGCGCAGCAGCAACAGCAACAGGGCUACGAAAGCGAGCGCAGCAGGGAGCGCGAAACGGAAUAUUUUCGCCGCUUUAGUGCCGAUAUUGAGCGAAAGACAAGUUCCGGUAACUUGCGUUCCAUGAUCCGUGCAGGCAGCAAAUUGUCGUUGGCCGGCUCCGAGAGCAGUCUCGCCGUGGAAGCGACCAGUGACGAACGAGAGCGCAGCCUAAUCCAGUCGCCGAAAGAACAAGCGAAGAGUGAGUUCAGUGGCGGCAGCGCCACUAGCGGUAAGGCAAUGGAUCCGAACGCGAAGGAUUUCCACCUCAACGUGAAUGCCGAAGAAUUCGUGCCAUCGCAAGCGCUGAUUGAACCGGCUCCUCAGGAGCAGCAGCGCUUUCAGAACGUUUCGUCUGGAAAUCCUCACCGAGGCCGAGGCGGCCGGUCACGCUACCGGGGCAUGUCUAUCGCGCAACGGGAGCAGGUUUUUCUGAUCCAGGGCGGUGGCGGUUACUUUUAUGGUCCGGGGAUGGGCGCGGCACACCCAGCAGCGCAACCGUAUCCGUCUGCGUACUUUUUGCCGUAUGCGCCGCAGCCCCUCAUGGGACCCGCUGGCUACUCAGCAAUGCCCAUGCAGCCGAUUCCGGCCUAUCCACCGCUGCCGCACUUGCUGAUGCCUCCAUACCCACAGCCGUUCACUUCUCCGACGGAUUUCAUGGGUGUACCGCCCGGCGUCGCGAGUGCUGAGCCCAUCAUGGGGUCCCGUCACACGCACAGCGUACGAGCGGAGCACGGCACCCACUAUACAAGCCCAGCGGCAGGUGUAGCGCCUGAUGCGAGCCCAUUGAAGUCCCCAGGGCAAGAACAAGCACCCACCAGACCGUGA